AUGGAGAAUCUGAACAAAGACACAUAUAGCUUAUAUUUUAAGAAAGAAGUUAUCCUUGAAAGUGAAAGAAAGAAACUACCAGACAAUCUUGAGCUAGAAAUAGUCUCUAGUAUUAAACAAUGAGAAUUGUCUGUUCCAUUAAAAAUGCCUAUUUAUAAGCUCAUGUUGGUCUCAAAAUCAGGAAAGCUAUGAAUUCAGCACCCGAGAACUAAAUAAAUUGAGGUCCAAGUACUGAAUUUGUAAGAUUCCUCAACAGACGAUCUCAGAGACUAUAAAGUUAGGAAAGAAGAGGCCUUUACAGAAAUAAACUGUUCAUUAAGGAUGAUAAAAACUACAUGUUCUUGAUCACAAAGCUUGAUUUGCUCCUUCUCCAGAUUCAGAUAGAGCUUGAUUCCAAGCUAAAUGUCAUUAAUUAUAUAGUAAAAAGGAGAGAACUAGAGUCUAAGUAUCUCCAUUGGAUUCUACAUCAUUUGGAAUAUGAAAAUGAGAAAAUAUGGAUAUUUUUAGCAUCCUCUUUGUCUUCAGAAACACUCCGAGAGUUUACCAUAGAUGGUUUCUGUAAAACUAAAAGACUUUGAUAUCGAAAAGACUUCAAGCAAGUGUUAAAAUAAUGCCAAAAGCAAUGUAUUAGUUCUUAAAAGCAAAGAAUGGGUUCUAUAUAUUCAGACAAAUCCUUUAAUAUUUUAUCUGAACACUGAUCCAGAAGGAAAGGCUCCAAACUUAGCCAUUGAGAUGUCCCUGAUUGAUCCUAAUCUCUCUUGAAUGCAAACAAAAUUGAACGAGACGAUGAAUUUCUCAGUGAUGUACCCUUCAGAUCUCCAUAGAGUCAAAAAUAGGAAAGAUGUAAACUACAUUGAGGAAGAUUUUCGGAGUCUAAAUAAGGUUCAAAAUAACUUCAAGAUCACUGAAUCUUACACUAGCAUGCUUGGGUUACAACUCCUGGAUAAUAAUACUUUCAAUGUGAUCUGAGAAGAAGCCCAAUAUCAUGUCAAAUGAAAGAAUAAUGCUAAAAUUGCUUUUAAGGAAGAGAUUAAAAUACAAGAUGAUAGAGAAAUCAGUCAGAAAUAUCUCAAUAUGAUAUCGCUUACUGGGCUCAGCAUGGAUACCAGCGAGGAUAACCAAGAAAAAGAUGAACAACAAGCUCUUAAAUUAAUAAACAAGGUUAUUACUGAUAAUGGUUCUGAUACAGAAGAAGCAAUCAUUUAUGAUAAGGACUCUGUUAAGAGCAUUCUUAUUCAAGAAUUCCAGACUUUUCUAGACUAUCUCCAAGCAUGGAAAAUGGGAGAAUUCACAAUGAACUCUUGCUAUAUAUGAACAACAAAUUUCUUGAAAAUUUGCCCAAUCAUAAUGAAAUUUUGACCUGAUUCCAACUUUGUUCUAGACUGUUAUUCAAAAUUCCUUUUCGGUAUUCCCUUCUACAUCGAACGAGUUUCCCCUAUGAUAGACAGAAAAUCAAUCGCCAUAGAAUUCCUUAACCACAUUAACCCCUAUCUAAACUCUAAAAACACUCCAUACCUCCCUUCUAACCCCUCCAGAUGCUCUCUCAAACAACUUUGUUCUACUGGUCGCCAAACCCAUAUCACUUUUAUUAAGCUAUCAGCUGUCUUGGAAGGAAAGAUUUCUGAAGAAGUCUUCCUCCGACUCCUUUUCUUACUAGAAUCACACCUGAUCAAGUUGGCCAUGGAUGUCUUGCUCUCAUCCUUGAACCCGGCUGAGAUUAAGGAAAUGAUUGUUAAGGUAAUACGAGUUCUGAGCAAAGACAAGCAUUAUGACAGACAUUGACUAUUACAAGUCCUAGAGUCAGUGCAAUAUACGAAGAAUAAGAUAGGCUUGAAUUAUUUCUCUAUGAACGGGGAUGAAGACUAAUUCAAUUUUAAUA